CUUUACAUGCAUCAGAAGGCUUUUGAGUUUGCAGCGAACUUGUGAAUGAAGUAUAUCCAGCAGAACCAGGGUCGCAGUAUCUGCUUUUAUUCUGUAACGUCGCCGUCUUUGUUUUGACACAGACGCACUAGCAAGACGAAUGCAAUCGCUUGUGAUUUAGAUUCCUUUUUAAUAAGAAAAGACCUUGCUUAGAGAAAUGGACACUCUCUGCAUUGUGCCAGAGCCGCAUGUUGGAUACGUGUGUUUGGGUCAUGUUUUCACUGAUCCCAAAUAAUCGAGUUUUCCUCAGAAACAGUUGGAUCUAAGUAGUCCAGGCACAGCUUUGUUUCUAAAGGACUACCCAAGGCAUCCCGCAUUCCUUACUUUAAUUCAUCUUGUGCGCACGCCUGCUGCGGGGAGCGUGGGUCAUAUUCUUGCUGUGGUAGUAAAGCUUUUCAAGUGAGGAGCCACACAGUAAAGAAGAGGACAUUGGUCUUUCAUGCCUAUACACAAUAAUUCAGAUGGGAUUAGAGUCCAGAUGGAGUUCCAGCGGCGGUCUAAGGAUCUUCACUAAAAGGAUGCCUAGUUGUUGUUACUUAGUCUGCUGGGCCAUGUUCACCAUGGCAGCACUAGCUGUAGCAAGGCCACAGUUUAAGUCUGCUGAUAAUGGUGCAUCAGAAACUGAAGAGCCUCCAUCAAACUACCAAAUCUCUCAACCUGAAGUGUACACGCAUCCAGGAGGUUUGCUUCAGUUGCAAUGUCCAUUGAAAGAGGAUGUACAGAGCAUCAGUUGGACUAAAGAUGGGGAACAGUUGGGGUACAGCAAUAAGACUUACAUAAUCAGAGAGUACUUGCAGAUUAGUGAUGCCACACAUGAGGAUUCGGGCCUCUAUGCUUGUACUGCAAUUAGACCAAUAGGCAGUGAUACCGUGUACUUCGUUGUAAACAUUACAGAUGCCAUUUCCUCAGGGGACGAUGAAGAGGACAAUGAUGGGUCAGAAGAGACAGCCAGUGAUAGUAACAAGAUAAGUCCCCCAUACUGGACACAACCUAAUAAGAUGGAAAAGCAGUUGCAUGCAGUUCCAGCAGCCAACACUGUAAAGUUCCGCUGUCCAGCAGCAGGAAACCCAAAGCCAACUAUGCGAUGGUUAAAAAAUGGCCGAGAGUUCAAACCAGAAUAUCGAAUGGGUUCAUAUAAGAUUCGGCCUCAGCAUUGGAGCCUUAUUAUGGAAAGUGCUGUUCCAUCUGAUAAAGGGAACUAUACAUGUGUGAUAGAAAAUAUCUAUGGGUCCAUAAAUCACACCUAUCACUUAGAUGUAGUCGAGCGGUCACCACAUAGACCUAUCCUACAAGCGGGAUUACCUGCUAACAAAACUGUGUUGGUGGGGAGUGACGUGGAGUUUGUGUGCAAAGUGUUCAGUGACGCCCAACCCCAUAUACAGUGGCUGAAGCACGUUGAAAAGAAUGGCAGCAGAUAUGGUCCAGAUGGAUCCCCUUAUGUCAAUGUCUUAAAGCAUUCGGGGAUAAAUAGUUCCAAUGCAGAAGUGCUGAAUCUAUACAAUGUGACUGAGGCGGACAGUGGAGAAUAUAUAUGUAAGGUCUCCAAUUAUAUUGGAGCUGUCAAUCAGUCUGCUUGGCUCACUGUCGCUCAAUUCUCCCCAAAAGUUCCUGAAGACAAACCAAAAGGGUUGACCUCUCCUGACUAUCUGGAAAUAGCUAUCUAUUGCAUUGGUGUUUUUGUUAUCGCUUGCAUGGUGGUGACGGUUAUUAUUUGCCGGAUGAAGAGCACAACAAAGAAGCCAGAUUUCAAUGCCCAGCCAACGGUACAUAAACUGACCAAACGCAUCCCCCUGCGCAGACAGGUAACAGUUUCUGCUGACUCCAGCUCCUCCAUGAGUUCCAAUACUCCUCUGGUGCGGAUCACUACACGACUCUCAUCUACAGAUGCACCCGUACUAGCUGGAGUUUCAGAAUAUGAACUUCCAGAAGACCCAAAAUGGGAGUUUUCACGGGAUAAGCUGACACUUGGAAAACCCCUUGGGGAAGGCUGCUUUGGACAAGUUGUGAUGGCAGAGGCUGUAGGAGUUGACAAAGAUAAACCGAAAGAACCAAUCACUGUGGCUGUGAAGAUGCUGAAAGAUGAUGCCACAGAAAAAGAUCUCUCAGACCUUGUUUCUGAGAUGGAAAUGAUGAAAAUGAUUGGAAAGCAUAAGAAUAUAAUCAACUUGCUGGGAGCCUGCACACAAGAUGGUCCAUUGUAUGUCAUUGUAGAAUUCACAGCCAAAGGCAACCUGCGUGAGUAUCUGCGUGCAAGGCGACCCCCUGGUAUGGAGUAUACUUUUGAUGUAAACCGUGUAUCUGAUGAACAGUUAACUUUCAAAGAUCUCGUAUCCUGCACUUAUCAAGUGGCAAGGGGCAUGGAAUACUUGGCUUCACAAAAGUGCAUUCACCGAGACUUGGCAGCUCGAAACGUUCUUGUUACAGAAAAUAAUGUAAUGAAAAUAGCAGAUUUUGGACUGGCUCGCGAUGUCCACAAUAUUGACUACUACAAAAAGACAACGAAUGGUCGACUGCCAGUGAAAUGGAUGGCUCCAGAAGCUCUUUUUGACAGAGUCUACACCCACCAAAGUGAUGUAUGGUCAUUCGGUGUGCUGAUGUGGGAAAUAUUUACCUUGGGAGGAUCACCAUAUCCAGGCAUUCCAGUUGAAGAACUUUUCAAACUUCUCAAGGAAGGUCACAGGAUGGACAAACCAGCCAACUGUACUAAUGACCUAUACAUGAUGAUGCGUGAUUGUUGGCAUGCUAUCCCUUCACAAAGACCAACCUUUAAACAGCUAGUUGAAGAUUUGGACCGAAUUCUCACAUUAACGUCUAGUGCGGACUAUUUGGACCUUUCUGCACCUCUAGAACAGUAUUCACCCAGUUAUCCUGAUACAAGAAGUUCUUGCUCAUCGGGAGAUGACUCUGUGUUCUCUGAUCCUAUGCCCAGUGAGCCAUGUCUGUCAAAAUAUCAACCACACAUGAAUGGCACUGUUAAAACCUGAAUGAAAAAGCCAUCAUUUACAAAAUUGACUUUAAGUGUGGCCAUCUCUGUUUCAAAUGUAUCUUCGUGAAACCUGGGGGCUCCAGAAUGGAAUGUUUGUUCGGUAUGGUUAUUACGGAAACAAUGCAAAACAAGGACUGGAACAGAUUGUUCAUGGAGAAAAUGUGCAACUGAAUAUAUUUUGUUGCUAAGGAAGACAGAAUAAGUUUUAAGACCAAAAUUUUGCUUUGGCGUAGAGGCCAGUUUUCAUUCCAUUACUGUUUGGACUUUAGGCAAGACUUGAAGUAAGAAGUUUUGCCUAGAUUGUUAAUUUUGUAAUAUUGGAAAAUUUAUCCAGCAUAAAACUUCAGAGUCAAAAUAUGUGCUGGCUAUAAUGUAAAUAUACCCAAAUAUGUAUAAAUAUAUAUAUUAUAUAUAUUUACAGUGAAUUAUUUUUUGUAUGGAUAUAAAGGUGAGUCUAUUGCAAUCAGAAAUGAAAGCAACUUUUGUUAGUUAAUCGCUUUUGAAAACUGCUUCUGCAGCGAUUCCUAGCACUUCAGUUAUGAAACAUUGUCAAGACACUUAAAAUAUUCUUUGUUUUCAGGGAAUAAUAAUUUAUUUAACUGAUUUGGUAUUUAACAGCAACAAUUAAAACAAUUAAUCUUUGAUGUUUCUUGUAUUUUGUGUAGCUUUUGCUAGCCAGCGCAUAGACUGACCUGUAAAGCACAAUGGAAUGGAUGUUUUCAUUGCUUUGUUUAAGUAGUUGACUGCCCAGAAAAAUGUGGUAGGAAGCUGCAGAUAGAGUUUCAGUUGAGGUUUUGCACAGGUAUAACAUGUCUUAUUAAUAUUUUCAAAUUGUAACGUGCUGGGUUUGAGCACAAGCUAAUGUACAAAUUUAGCAGUUCAUAAGAAAAUUACUUAUGACAUAGUUUUGGAAACGAUAGCUUGCUUUUCCUACACCAUGCUAAUGGUGAACAGGGCUUGAGGUCAAGGGGGAGCUUGGGUGACAAGAGUAACUUCCUCAUUCUUGCCUCAACUACAAUAUUGUGCUUUCCAUCGGUCCCUUCCUCGCUGAAAUGUGUGAAUAAAUACCGAUGAUUGUGGUGUAUUGAGAAGGAUGAAGAACUGUGCCCCUCUCCUCCUUACUGCCAAUGUCACCACCGUCCCCAGGUACAGCUUUGUAAUGGUGGCAGUUUCAGUAAGUUGCCAAAGUUCUUUACUGGAGGAACGCCAAGUGAAUGUUGCCCUUCACUUCCUAUGUGCUCAAGGCUUCUCAGAAGUCUUUUUUUCCAGUUCAUGAUUCUUUUGUUUCUUUAAUUGACUGGUUGCCUUAUCGCAUGCUGUGAUGGGUACCCUGCUGCAGCAACAUCAUGAUUCUCUUUCUUAUCGACAGCAUGGCUGCCAGUGGUAUUGGAGCAGAAAACAGCCUUAAUUGACCUGAAUGUAUUUGAUUUGACCCUAACAACACUGGGUUAAGGAAAUUCACAGGUGCAUUGCUGCAGAUUUAGAUCCUGUUUGGUCCUAUUUGGCAUAUUAGGUCAUGUUAGCAACAACGAAUCUGAACGUUUUAUUUGAAUAGUUGUACAAUGGGCCACUUUUAGAAAUGGAAAGUUACAAUUAGAAUUUUUUUACAUUAUGACAAGCUGAAUGUGUACUUUAUCAGACAUACAAAAUUACCUUGUCUAAUUAUUUUGAUAUGGAUGAUCUAACUUCUUAUACAUUUCAAACAUGUAACAUUAACUGAAUAUUAAUGUGUUUUUGGUUUUAACCAUUGAGAUGCAAGCGUGUGCGACUGAAGAUUAUCUGGAAAAAAGAACUGUUCUAUUGACCGAAAUAUUAAGGUCCUAAACUGGUCCCUUUUGAAACUCCAAUAAUAUUUAAAUGAAUAGCUGUCAGAAAUGGAUACACAUUGCUAAUAUUUCAAGCCUGUUGUGAAGUAAAAACAAAACCCAGCGGAAUUGAUAAACUAAGGAAUUUUGUGUAAUAAGACACUGUCAUUUUCCAUAGCUGGUAUUGCUUGACAUUAUAUUCAAAUAAGUUUAAUCUGAUUUAUAGGAUGGAUACAUGUUAUGUCAUGUUACAUAGAACAUAGAACAGUACAGCACAGUACAGGCCCUUCGGCCCACGAUGUUGUGCCGAACUUUUACCCGAAACCUAAGGUCUAUCUAACCUCCACCGCUACCUUAUACUAUCAUCCAUAUGCCUAUCUAAUUGCUGCUUAAAUGCCCCUAAUGAGGCCGACUCCACUACCCUCUCCGGCAAUGCAUUCCACACCCCUACCACUCUGAGUAAAGAACCUACCUCUGACAUCUCCCCGAUAUCUACCUCCUUUCACUUUAAAAUUAUGCCCCCUCGUAAAAGCUACCUCCACCCUAGGAAAAAGUCUCUGGCUGUCUACUCUAUCUAUACCUCUGAUCAUUUUGUACACCUCUAUCAAGUCACUUCUCAUCCUUCGUCGUUCUAAAGAGAAAAGUCCUAGCUCUCUCAACCUUUCCUCAUAAGACCUUCCCUCCAUUCCAGGCAACAUCCUGGUAAAUCUCUUCUGCACCUUUUCCAACGCUUCCACAUCUUUCCUGUAAUGAGGUGACCAGAACUGGACACAAUACUCCAGAUGUGGCCGAACCAGGCUUUUGUAUAGCUGGAGCAUAACUUCACAGCUCUUGAACUCAAUCCCUCUAUUAAUGAAAGCUAACACACCAUAUGCCUUCUUAACAAGUCUAUCCACCUGGGUGGCAGCUUUAAGGGAACUGUGAACAUGAACCCCAAGAUCCCUCUGCUCCUCCACGCCGCCAAGAAUCUUUCCGUUAACCCUGUAUUCUGCUUUCAAGUUUGUCCUUCCAAAAUGAAUCACCUCACACUUUUCAGGGUUAAACUCCAUCUGCCACUUCUCAGCCCAGCUCUGCAUCCUAUCAAUGUCCCUUUGUAACCUAGAACAGCCCUCCGCACUGUCCACAAUGUGACCCACCUUCGUAUCGUCCGCGAACUUGCUAAUCCACCCUUCCACUCCUUCAUCCAAAUCAUUUAUAAAAAUCACAAAUAGAAGAGGACCCAGAACAGAUCCUUGUGGUACACCACUCAUAACUGAGCACCAUGUUGAAUAUUUUCCAUCCACUAUCACCCUUUGUCUUAUAAGGGUCAGCCAAUUCUGAAUCCAAUCUGCGACAUUUCCCACUAUCCCAUGCCUCCUUACCUUCUGCAUGAGCCUACCAUGGGGAACCUUAUCAAACACCUCACUUAAAUCCAUGUAUUCCACAUCCACUGCCCCACCUUCAUCCACGUGUUUGGUCACCUCUUCAAAGAAUUCAAUAAGGUUUGUGAGGCAUGAUCUACCCCUCACAAAUCCAUGCUGACUAUCACGAAUCAAACUGUGCCUUUCCAAGUGAUCAUAAAUCCUGUCUGUCAGAGCCCUUUCCAAUAAUUUGCCCACCACUGACGUAAGACUAACUGGUCUGUAAUUUCCGGGGUUAUCCCUGUUUCCUUUUUUGAACAAGGGAAUGACGUUUGCUUUUUUUCAAUCUUUUGGCACUAUACCCAUGGACAGUGAGGACGAAAAGAUCAUCGCCAAAGGCCCUGUGAUCUCGUCCCUCGCUUCCCAUAGAAUCCUUGGAUAAAUCUCAUCAGGCCCGGGGGACUUAUUUAUCUUCAACUUCCUCAGAAUUCCUAACACAUCUUCUUUACUAACAUCAACCUCCUCUAGCCUACCUGCCUGUUUCACAACGUCCUCCUCUACAACUAGGUCCCUCUCAGUUGUGAAUACUGAAGAAAAGUAUUCAUUAAGGACCUCUCCUAUCUCUUUAGGCUCUGUGCACAAAUUCCCUUUACAAUCCUUGAUUUUAUUAAAUAAGAUGCAGUAUCAUUGAUGUGAAUGUUCCGGGCCAUUCAAGUGCCCUGAACAAUUACUUCCAUUGUUUGCUGGUAUUGUAAUAUUUGAAGAAAGUUGUUUUAUUACAUUAGAUAUGUAUGCUCACUUUAUUACCUCCAGUAGCGAGCUUUCCAGUGGUGCCAAAAUGGCCAGUGAAGUAAGAAUACCUUUACAGGUCAUCAGAUUUUAGAGAACACAACACGUGUGACCUCGGUUGACAGAACGCACCUUCUGUGUACUCAGGACCAAGCAUAAAUGUGCCCUUUUCAAAUUUCUCUAACAUCUGAAACAAAAUGUUUUUGAUCUUGCAUUCAUUUACUAAAAUAAUAUACACUUGAGUAAGGAUAUUCUGCUAAUUAUUGGUGGAUAAGUGGGCCAGAUUUCCAGGAUAAUAAUGUGAUUUAUCGUGCAAAACAGACCUUGUUCAUUAGAUGUUUGUUGCCCUGAAAAAUAUGCUUCUUGCUUUCAGACAUUAACCUAGGUUUGUCAACAUUGGAAAAAUUGUUUGCAUUUUUCUAAGUUCUAAAUAACAUGCAUUCAGCUUGAAUAAUCUCCACUUGUGAUUGCUGUAAGUAUGACCUAUUUCUAGAUCAAGAUUUUAAAGUGCACUUUAAAAAAAAACAAACAGCUAUCCAAAUUCGAUCACCUUUGCCAGAAGAGGUACUAUGUUACUGUAAAUUAUAGGUGUUGUCAUUUAGAUUAAAUGUGAGCCAGUUGAUAAUUUUUCAUACAUGACACAGCAUGUUAUUUGUUCAGUUCAGCUACGAAAACUUGCCAGUUCAGUGAAAGCAAAACAUAUAAUGAUAGAUAUAAUCCAGCAUUUUCUUCCAAAUGAUUGUGUCAAAGUGGAAUAAGGAGAAGAAACAACAAUGUGAGAUCUGUUUGCCUGAAUCAAGAUCCAUGAACUAAUUAGAUGAUGUAAUAUGUUGUGAGGGGCAGGAAACCAGCAAGACCAAACUGUAGAAUAGCUACUUGGCUUCCAUGAGAAAGAGCUUUGUUCACUCUUUUCUACAUUCCAGUACUUUGUAUAUUUUUAUAAAGCAUUUACGAUCCUUUGUGUCAUAAUGUUCAGAUUUGUGCAUGAAAUUCAUAAUACAAUGUAUAUCUAAUUUAUUGAAUUUUUUUACAAAAAAUUUCUAUUUUGUUGUUACAAUUUUUCAAAUAAUUAAAAGCCUAGUUAAGGCUGUAAAUGAUUUGUUUAUAUGAAAGAUUUGCUUCUAUAUUAUACUGUUUUUGUUUCCUUGAAUGCUGUUGGGCACAUUUCUAUAAAGCAAGAAGAAAAUGUAACCAAAAACUUUUACCUAGGUUAAUUUGCUUUUAAAAGCCAAGAGCCACGCCCACUUAAUUUAAAUGUUUAUAGUUUUUCUUCCCAGAAGUGUUCUUGUGAAAUUGUUGACCAGCACGGAGGUAUUUAAAUGUUUUGUAUUUUGUUGAUGCUGAUAAUUUGAGAGAUCUUAAAGGAGACAAUAAAAUAUUCUAAGCCCACACUGAAAA